GUCGUAAAGUUAGGAUUUUUCAGAUUAAGAGUAAGCCUGGAAAGCUUCCAUGGAGUCCACCUUCUUCAUGAUUCUCCUGUUCCCGCUCCUCAUUCCCGUCACUGCAAAAUCUGAAACCUUCUCUACUCGCUUAUCACCGUUGGAGCUCGGCCUCAAGAGAGAGAAGUUAACUCACCUCCACUUCUACUUUCACGACAUAGUCACCGGUCCAAACCCCACCGCCGUCCGAGUUGCAGAGGCCGCAGUAACCAACAAAUCCUCAACCCUUUUCGGCUUAGUUGCGGUGAUCGACGACCCUUUGACCGUCUCGCCCGAAAUCAACUCCACCGUCGUCGGAAGAGCACAAGGGAUUUAUGCCGGCGCGUCGCAGAGCGAGAUUGCGUUUUCGAUGGUAAUAAACUUUGCGUUCACGGUAGGGAGGUUCAAGGGCAGCAAUCUGAGUCUUUUGGGUCGGAACGCGGUGGGUUCAGGCGUGAGAGAGAUGCCGAUCGUCGGAGGAAGUGGGGUUUUCCGAUUUGCCAGAGGUUAUGCUCGGGCGAAGACUUACACUGCCGAUCCGAAAACAGGGGACGCCAUUGUUGAGUACAAUGUCUAUGUUUUUCAUUACGGAUAGCAGGUCUGGACUUUUCUGUUCUUGCUCUUCAGUAUUUUCAUUACGGCAUGUUUGGUUUCUGAUAAUAAUCCUUGUUGUUGUGAUGUGAAAACCAUUUGAUUUAAACAAAGUU